AUGUCGUCGUCUUCUAGCUCUAAGCAACAGGUGGAUACCCAGUCCAAGGACAAGAACAGCAAAGAUGUUGUCGAAGCGCCUCCCCUCGUCUACCUCACUAACAAGUGGAUUCAGGAGCUCACGCAGCGCAUCCGGGCUCGACCCAUCCCAUGGGAAGGCUAUCACCGCGCUGAUCUGCUCAGCGCUGAAGAGCUCAAGAUGAUCAAGAGCGUUGAUGCCAUCGUCGUCGGCCAGAAUCGCUCCAAGCUCGAUCCUCUCUUGGACGAGCACGGUCCUGAUUAUGUCUCUUUGUACCUGCGUCUCCUUUCCAAACUCAGCCGCACCGACACCCUUCAGCAGAUUCUGGUGCUUAUCGAUGAUAUGCUCUCCGAUCGCGAUGACCGUCUGGAACUCUUCCUCUCGCUCAACGGCCAGGAGGAGCAGGAUGGUAUCGGCUUCCCUUGGAAGCCAUUUGUUAAGCUGCUGGAUGUGCCGGACGACUUUGUCCAGAUGAAGUCGGCUCAGUUCCUCACAUUACUUCUCGUGUUUUCGGCGACGCACUCGGGUCAACCGAGUCCACCUUCUUCGGUCCUGCCUCGCCUCUUGACGUUCCUGUCUUCGUCGUUGCGAGGUGCUAGCUCGAACCCCAGCAGCAACGGUUCUGGACGAGCUCAAACAGGCGCCAACGCAUCGCCUGCUUCUCGACGAAUGUCACCCGACUUUGCGGAAGGAAAUGGACCUGAGAUUGCACUCGUGCUGCUGCAAGCUCUUCUGCGAACCCAGAAAUACCGCGAACAAGCCUGGGAGUAUGACGUGGCCAAGAUGGGCCAGGUGCCAUCGUCGUCUACCGGCAAAGCCAAGGCUGUAAGCGAUGACGAUGAUGACGAGAGUGCACAACAGCAGCAGUCAGAAGACGUCGACCGUGGCUUCCUCUCAGAACUGGCCCACAUCUUGCGCCUUGGCAACGCGCCUGCCGGUGGCUCUUCCUUCAACUCGAGCGCCAACUCGCCGGCUGGCUCUGGAUCUGCGACGCCUUCGCGUCAGACCACGGCCAGCGGCGCUAGCACGCUCGUCGCAGGCGCCAGCACGGGCGCCAACAGUACACGAGCCGGCACUCAACUCAUCUACCAGGUGGUGCUGUGCUUCUGGCUGCUGAGCUUCAACAAGGACAUUGCAGCUGAACUGAACGUCAAGUUGGGACUGAUCCCACUGCUCGUCGACGUUGCACGCAAUGCGGUCAAGGAAAAGGUGACGCGCGUCACGGUUGCCACGUUCCGCAACCUUUUGGCGCAGGCACCUGGCAUCAAUGCACCCGUCCUGCUCGGCAGCAAAGCCCUCGCGCUCACGGAAACCCUGCUCUCGCGCAAGUGGUCGGAUGAGGAGAUCCAAGAGGACCUCGAGUACGUCAAAUCGGAACUUUCGGAACGACUCAAGUUUAUGACCACGUGGGACGAGUAUCUGUCAGAACUGCAAUCUGGUUCGCUCACGUUCGAAAGCCCGGUGCACGAGCUGGACGACUUUUGGAAGGAGAACGCGUCCAAGUUGGUCGAGGAAGACGGCAAGGUGUUGAAGCAGCUUGUGAGCAUCUUGAACGAGUCGCAGGAUGCGACCACGUUGGCAGUGGCCUGUUCGGACGUCGGCAAGUUUGUGCACUUUUUCGAACAGGGUAAGAAGCGCGCCAGUGAUCUCGGUGCCAAGGCGAGGAUCAUGCAGCUGAUGACGCACGAGAAUGCCGAGGUCAAGUACUACGCUCUGCAUACCGUAGCCAAGCUGGUCUCUGCCAGCUGGAGGUGA